AUGGAGCUGUGGUGUAGACGACUCCGGGCUGGUAAGCCGACAACAUGUUGCUCGUGGGCCUGAAAUGCGCUCUUCUACUGGCCAUUACCGGCUGUUUCCUGCUGCCAAUCCAUGGAGCAGGAUCGGAUACUGACCAGGUCCUGCCGCACCGCAUCUACCGUCUACUGGACGGCCUCUCCGGAGGACGCCGCCUGAGUGCCAGCUCCACAUUCGCCCUGCUGCUCUCGCAGUUCCUGAUAAAACAGAAACUGCGCUACGUGGCGCCCACGCGUUACGAGCGUCAGCUCUACUACCAUCUGCUGCACAGGAUGGAGCACAUCAGGAGGGGAUCGGGUCUGGUGUCCAGGGCGUAUGGUGUCCAGGGGGAGAUUCUCAGCAUUGCCUUUCAGGCGAAUGUGUUGCUGCUGCCUCCCUCGCUGAAACUGGGCGAACUGAAUGCCAAUGGGGAGUACGAGCAGCUGGCCGAGGUCUACCCGAAAGUGGUCAACGAGGGACAGCUGAACAGGACGCAGUCCGAUCUGUGCCUUCGGGACAUUGUGGAACUGAAGCCACCUCACUGCAAACUGCUCUCCGGCGAAUGUUUGGCACUCCUGGCUAGUGAUGCACCAGCCUACGGAUACCAGAGAACCCAUCAGGUCCUGCUGCUCUACGUGUUGCAGCAUCAGGCGUGUGCCCCCCACCUCAGCCCACCACAGGUGUACGAACUGCUGGCCAGGAGUCAGUGCGAUGAGGUGGAACGCGAGCAGAACGCCAUCCGGAGCCUGGGGCUGCCAGUCGCAUAUCGCGAUCUGUAUCUGGAGCAAGCUACUGCUGUUCUAUGGGCUAUCCUUGCUGGGCUAUCGCUGACAUAUAUCUUUGCCUUGCCACAUAUCUCUGACAUCGCAGCCACCAUCUGCGGCCUGUUUGGCUACAAUGAGUUUGUCAACUGGCGCAACGUAAUGGAAAUUGGCAGCUGGCUGGAGGGGGAUUUGCCGAAGGAUAUGGAUGUAUUGGCUGAUGACGGCGAUAGUCAGCACAUAAGCGAUUUGGCCUUGGUCUUCUACACAAAUGCACUGCUGCUGCUGCACUAAUCUAUCGAACAUUCCCCCAACCCCAAUGCCAAGCCCAUCCAUAAUUUCUGCUUCUGCUUGAUAAGUUAAUAAAGUGGCGCUUAUUGCUUUAUGGUUGUGUCGAUUUCAGCAA